AUGGAGGAAUUUGUCACCGAGGAGGAAGAGCCAUGGUACGACCAGCAAGAUCUCGAAUCUGGUAAGUGGCGACGCAUUUCUGGGGCCGCCGUUUGCAGCCAGCCGCAUCUGCAAUGUCAAUGCACUUUCGUUUUUGGUGAGUUCAGCUGUUUUCCUCAAACAAAGGACUUUUUGAUGACGGAAGGCUUCUAGAUCAGCAUGCGAUGUUACAUUUGUCCGUGCGUCUUGACAAAUAAAAAUACCAAUGCUUUUCAAAUGUGCUACCGCACUUGAAUCUUUUGCUACUUUCUGACAACAAUGCUUUGGAAGGGAUGGAUGCCAAGGGCCUUUGUGACGGUGAUGGGAAAAAUCGUUUCCUUCUGUGGUUGUUGUCACAUUGCAAGAAAAAACACAUACACGAUGCUGGCUGGACCCAGUGUUCUGUUGGUGAUUUUAAACAAUGGGUUAGUACAGGAACAAUAAAUAGAAGGCAAUAGAUGUCAGCUGUCAUCAUUGCAAUGUAAUUGUUCUUUGUAGGUUGCAAUAAUGAGCAAGCUUACAUCAACUUCUCAAACAUUUUUUGUGUGCAAAAUGCAUUUAUUUGCACUAACAUCCAUUGUCUCAUAAAAUGUUGUAGGCCUAAUUGACAUUGGCAGCAUUUGCCUUUAGGCUAAUGCAAAUUGACCACCACUUUAGGGGACUAUAACCUUUAACCCCAUCUUCUUACCUCUUUUCACAACAUGAACAUAACAUUAAUGGAAUAGUGCAGGGCUUCCUAUAGCACUUAACCUUGUUUAUGCAGUCAAUUAGGUUGUAUUGAUUUCCUAAUUCAAUCAUGACAUAUUAUGUUUUCCUUUUAGAAUGUAGUGACUUUCACAGCCAGUAGACUGUCAUGUUCAACUCCCCAUAAUUCAAUAAACAAGGAACAUAUCAUUUAAACAAGAAAGUGAAUGGUUGGGACAAAGAACAUACAUGGGGGCCAACACAGACAGGAAACAUGCUUGACUUGCAUAUCCACUGGAAUAGUGUAAAUAACUAUUUUCAAUCACUAGGCUAUUCUCCAAAGAUAGUAUGGUCCCAUAGAAUUAAUGUGGAACGGAGGUGAUGCACAAGGCCUGGAUGGUAGUUGACUAGGCUACUGCAAUAAUAUUUGCAUAAUAAUAACCUACUUUAUCUGUGCCUUCAUACUGUACUAUAUAGAUUGCAUAAUGCCAUAAUUCAGCGGAACCACUAUUAGUCUGAAUUCGAUUUUAAUGCUGUUGGCACAAUAAGCUUCAUUUUGGAUUACACUAAUUUAGAUGCAUAUUCAAUAUCCCAAGCUGCUGAUAAUGUAUCUGCUGAGCUGUAGCCAAUCACAGCUUGUCAAACUGCUUUGAACUUCUUGACAGAUGUAGGGCUAUUUCAUCUCUUCCCUCUUCCCUACUCUCUCCCUUCCUCACUCCAUGACUCUUUUUCUCUCUGCCUUGCUCCCUGGCUCUUACCCUCUCUCUCUCUGUUCCUCUCUCUCUAUCUAUUUUCCCUCGCUCCCUGCAAUCCUCUCUUUUUCACUCCACGCUCAUCCCUAAUCUCUCUAUCACUUCAUCUCUUUGUUCCAAUUAUUAGGAUAUCUGCCACAGGCUGAGAGGAGAUGAUGUAAUGCUUUGACGCUGCUCUUGAUCUGACUUUAUGCACACAGACACACUAUACACACGCUUAACACACACUUUACACACACUGGCACUGUGAGAGGAGAGAGGGCUGGAGGGGGAACUGAGUGUGUGGACACAUCAAUAGACCUGAAGAUAAAAAUAUAGGCUGAUGAGUCUUCACUUUACUCAGAAAGAGAGAGAGGGAGGGAAAGGAAGAAUACAGAGUGGUGGAGAAAGAGAGACAGUAGAAGAUUACGGUAUGACAGGAUGAGAUAUGAGAGAGAGGGGAGAAAGCUAAAAAGAGCACAAGGCCCAUGUCUCUCCAUGUAUCUACCACUCUCUCUGCAUCCACCCUCCCUCCCUUUACAUCCCUCUGGUGCAGCCUGUAUUCUUUGUGCCCCAUGGCACACAGUGUUCCUGGCCUCUCAGAGCAGUGCCAGGUGUUGUAUUUUGUGUUAGCUUAGAAUGCUGAGCUCACCUCUGGUAGUGAUACUGUGAGGUGCCAGUAAUCUAUCAGAGAGGAGAACACACCGCUGGCAUUGGAUUACCCUGCAGACAGAGGCACAGGCUCCAUCAUCAGGGGUGCUAUUUGGCCACAGGGUUUGGCAGAAUGAGAUAUGGUAAAAAAAAUAAAAAAAAGAUCAAGAAAGGAAACUUUCAUGCAUAGCAUCUAAGCAAAUUUCAUAAGCUAAGCAAGGCAGACAUUUGAUGAUGCAACGAGGCAAUUUGCUUUUCUAUACUGUAAGGAAUCAGCAAACAUGAUGCAUCUACAGUACACAGACUCAGACAUUUCCAUGCAUAAUUACACUGAGGAGAAAAACAUAUAAAUUAUAAUGCUUUUCUACACUCUUAGAAAAAAAGGUGCUAUCUAGAACCCGACGGGGUUCUUCAGCUGUCCCCAUAGGAGAACCCUUUGAAUAACCCUUUUUGGUUCCUGGUAGAAACCAUUUGGUUCCAGGUAGAACCCUUUUGGGUUUGAUGUAGAACCCUUUCCACAGAGGGUUCUACAUGGAACCCAAAAGGGUUCUACCUGGAACCAAAAAGGGUUCUCCUAUGGCACAUGUCUCAAACUCAUUCUACGUAAGGCUGAGUGUCUGCGGAUUCUUCGCUCCUCCCUUGUACUUGACUGAUUAAUUAAGGUCACUAAUUAGUAAAGAACUCUCCACACCUGGUUGUCUAGGUCUUAAUUGAAAGGAAAAACCAAAAACCUGCAGAAACUAGGCCCUCCAUGGAAUGAGUUUGACACCCCUGUCCUAUGGAGACAACCGAAGAACCCUUUUGGAACCAGUGUAUGGAACCCUUUGUAAGACAGACCAAGGCUUGUUCUAGCCCGAACUCUGUGCUCAGCUGAAGCUAUGUGACCAGCACAGCUGAGUCUUUAGGCCUGUUGGGACCCAUUGGUUAACAGGGCUGGACUUACAUCUAAUGAGAGGGUUGUUAUACCACGGACCUGCUCUUUUUACAUGCAGCGUAAAAACGCUUCAACAACCACCUCUCUAAGGCUUUAAAUACACACUUUGUUUCCUUGUUAUCCUGCAGACUAAAACUUGUGUUUAAUCAUUUUUAUACAGAAUUUGAGCUUACUACUGCAGUGAAGUCGUACGGAAGGGUUUGGUCUGCUAUACAGCUUAUCUGCAGAAAAGGAAAGAAGGAAGGAGAGAAGGAGGAGAAAACAAGGAGAGGCCCUGUUUUCCAGAUUCCUGUGAAUCCUAUUGGAGAUAUGCACCUACAAAAACAACAUUCACUGCUCAAAAAGGACAGGCAUAUUCCAAACCAGGCAUGUUUCCUUUCACGAGUGCACUGUACACAUGCACACACACACACACACACACACACAUACACACACACACACACACACACACACACACAUACACGCACACACACACACAUUACAGUUUUAUUACAGUAUUUUUUCAGCCAACAGUUCUGUGUUGUUCUGUUUCAAUGUUUGAUUCCCCAGCACUAAGCCCCAGCUGAUUUGAUUACAGGGCUCGGACUGUGGCUAUCAUACCCAGACAGUACAGUGUGUUCGUAUAUGUGUGUGUGUGCACGCUUGUGCCUGCACUGUAAAAAAAACACCCACAAAUCUAGUUGUUUCAAGUAAUUAUUAUUAAGUAACUGGUUCCACAGCCUUUUUAGUUUACUCAACUUUUCGGUGAAAGUGUUACCUGAACAAACAAAAAGAAUGUUGGCCCAAACUUAGCUCCAACUUGAGAAAACGUAGGCAAAAAUUCAGUCAAUUUAAAAUUGUGUUUUGCUCAACUUGUCUCAUGUUCAUUCAACUAGAAUGUAUUGUUUGUGCAUCUUAACUAAAAAGUGCUGUGCAGCUGGUUAUACAUACUGUGCUGUUAACAUACAACAUUUUCUAAUUACAUAUGUGACGUAAAUGAUAACAUUGUGUAUGUUCAGUUAUUUGUCAACACCUGGGAUUUGAACUUAGAACCUCUAGGUUCAUGGUGUUCCAAUCUUCCUGCUACGCCACCAUGUUACAUUUACAUAAUUUAGCAGACUCUCUUAUCCAGAGCGACUUACAAAUUGGUGCAUUCAACUUAUGAUAGCCAGUGAGACAACCACUUUUUUAUCUUUUCUUUUUUUUAUGGGGGGGGUGGGGGAAGAAGGAUUACUUUAUACUAUUCUAGGUAUUCCUUAAAGAGGUAGGGUUUCAAGUGUCUCCGGAAGGUGGUCAGUGACUCCGCUGUCCUGACGUCGUGGGGGAGCUUGUUCCACCAUUGUUCCACCAUGUCUGACCAUUCAUCAUUGAUUUGAUUUACUUAUUUAAGCAAUUUUCGGGUUUUUCUGUAUAGUUGUCUGUUGGUGGGGCAUAUUACUCUCUUUUAAUGUUACUCCUUAAAAUCGUUUUUCUUGAGUGUACUUUUAACAGAGCUGAUUUAAGUGCAAAGUGUAGCAAUACAGGUGAAAUCAGUUGUUGACACAGACAUGGUGGCGUAGCAGGAAAAUUGGAAUGCUGUGAACCAAGAGGUUUUGAGUUCAAAUCCCAGGUGAGGACAUUUUGAAUAUGAAUUACUGUAUAAAUGAACAUGCACAAUGUAAACAUGUAAGUUGAAAGAAUUGUAUGUUAAAAGCACUGUGUGUGUAACUAGUUCCACAGCCCUCUUUAGGUAAGAUGCCCAAAUAAUAAUUUCUAGUUGAAUGAACAUGAGACAAUUUGAGCAAACAGAAUUUUAAGUUGACUGAAUUUUUGCCUACAUUUUCUCAUGUUGGAGCUAAGUGUGGGCCAACUAAAAAUGUUAAGUUCAGGUAACACUGACCGAAAAGUGGAGUAAAUGAAAAAAAGUCUGUGGAAACAGUUACUUAAUAAUAUGUAGUUGAAACAACUAUAUAUUUUUUUACAGUGUGCCUGUGUGUGUGGGUUGUGACAGGAGUGUGACCCUUCCCCUAACGACAAUAUGUACCCUCUUCACCCUACAAAAGCAUUUCCCGCCAGUAUGCAUGCAGCCAAUGUGUGUUCCUGCUUAGGCCCUCAAGAAGACAUCCCCCAGUCAGUGUAACUGAUACUGCUAAAACAUGAAAAAAUAAAACCUGGAAAAACAAUAUCCAGGAAAUGCACAUAAUUCAUUCCAUUAUGUCUGAGUCAUUGGGUCUGGGUGGUGAUGUCAUCCUUCAUGCGUCAGUUGACUUCCUGGUCUCCUUGUUUGGAGCUAGUGGUCUGUAGAGGGUAUUGAUUAGGAUGUUUGGUGCAGAGAAACAGUGCUUGCCCCUUUCUCUCUCUCGCCAUUAGAUACCAAUACCACACAGCAGUGGACGAUGGUGAACGUAAACAGUGGGUCAGUGUUUGGGUUCUGUGUUUUUUCCAGGCAGUAUUUGGUUCUGAGUUCUGCUGUUUGAAAGCUAGGAGAUCUGGCGUACAGUGGCCAGCAGCAGAGCUUAGAUGUUUACAUAAUUCAAUUUCCCCUCUUGGAAUAAAAGCCAAGAGGAUUUAUGAGAGUAAUGCUAUCCAGGGCCCAGUUUCUCAAAACAUUUAAUCCAGAGCAAACUGGUCCUCCUGUGUUGUGUUAAAUUUUGCUCCCCCUUCAGAUGUGGCCCAUCCUUGUUUGUGGAUGCAGAAAACUGGAGAAAACUGAAACAAAUCUCUGAACAUACCACAUGUUACAACAAAUAUAGUUUUAUAUUAUCCCAUGACAUUUGGGUGAAAUAUUGUCUUUCUACACUGAGUGUACAAAACAUUAGGAACUCAUGCUCUUUCCAUGACCAGGUGAAUCCCGGUGGAAGCUAUGAUCCCUUAUUGAUGUCACCUGUCAAAUCCACUUCAAUCAGUGAUGUUAAUUAAGGAUUUGUAAGCCUUGAGACGGAUUGUGUAUGUGUGCCAUUGAGGGUGAAUGGGAAAGACAAAACAUUUAAGUGCCUUUGAACGGGGUAGUAGGUGCCAGGUGAACUGGUUUGAGUGUGUCAAGAACUGCAACACUUCUGGGUUUUUCAAGCUCAAUAGUUUCCCGUGAGUAUCAAGAAUGGUCCACCACCCAAAGACAUCCUGCCAACUUGACACAACUGUGGGAAGCGUCCCUGUGGAACACUUUUGACACCUUGUUAGCCUUGCCCUGAUGAAUUGAGACUGUUCUGAGGGUAAAAGGGUGUGCAACUCAUAUUAGGAAGGUGUUCCUAAUGUUUUGUACACUCAGUGGAUGUCUUUCUAAAAUGGCUAAUUAUGUUCUAUAAUGCUCCCUUAGCCCCAUUUUAACAAGCCCUAUUCUAUUCUACACUAUUCUUUUUUCAGACUGCCCUAUUCUAACCGAGCAGUGGGACAGCACUGAAGCUACAUAACUAGAGAUUAUAUUUCUAUGACUGAAGCAGCCUCCUCAUUGUUAGCGAGUUUAACCCUUUGAGGAGUGACUUAGUGUUCUCUUCCUGAACGCUAUCAUUCAGAAUGGAUUGAAUUGACCAUAUAAUUUAAAUUGGAAUGGUAAUUAGCAGUCAUAAAAUAAGAAUUGGUUAAGUAACGUUCAACAGAGGAUUAAAUAUGAUGUACAUAGUCCUCAAAGGGUUAAAGCCCAUUCUGUGGUACCUGUGUAGUAGCAAAGGCCCCACAGGCGUUAAUUUAGCUGUGAGUGCAGCAGGCAGGUCUUUGUAUUAGCCCAUGCUGAGCAGGAGCUGGCAGCAGCCUGCUUUUCUCCUCAUUAGUUUAAUUGAGGCAAGACAGGACAACAAGAGAGAGGAAACAGCAUGGUUGAAAAGCAAGCGCUGGAACUAAAUGAUGUGAGUGUGUGUUUUACAGAGCACUUCAGCAUUGAUGUUUAGAGCUGUGCUAAAGGUUGUUGGUUUGACUCUCAUCUUCCCCUUUUUGUCACCCUGCUCCAGAUUACACACAUGUUCCUCCCCAACCAUCUCACUGGCUUUGACACGCACCUUAAACUUCCCCUGGAAAAAAACACAGAAUGAGUUUGUGUGUGUUUGUGUUUCAGCUUGCCUGGUCAGCAGUUAGUUUGACAUCGCUUCUGUUUGAAGUUUGAGUUUAUUUAUUAUUGCUCACAGAUAAAACUGAAGAAAUGCAGAAUUUAUAUUACAAAUAAUUGCAAAACACUCAUUAAAAAUAUACAACACAUAUUACGUGACAUAAAUAGAAUACAGAACACUUGAAACAUUACAGGACAUUUUUCAUGACGGAAAUUGAAAUGUUAAAAUGUGAUUGGAAAAAAAUAGAAUUAUUAUACAGUCUAACAGCAGUGGGUAGAGUGGCGUUUCGCAGGCGGUUCGUACGGGCAGUUAUACAGGACAGUUCGUGGCUGUUUCUCAGGAGCCUGGUGGUGCAGUUAACUCUUUUUGGAGGGAGCAGGUCGUUCAGUGGAUGGUUAAGAGUGUGCAUGUCCUUCACCAGGUGCAGUGCAGCCUGCUCUUGCCUGUUCUGCGGUGACGGGAGCUGUGGUUGGACUGCUCCACCUCUGGAGAUUAUCCUCAAGGCCCUCCUCUGCACCCUGUCUAGUUGGGCCUGCUGCUUAUUACGGCAUCCAACUAACAGCACUCCACCGUAUUCCAGACAAGUCCUGACCAGUGUAGUGUAUACUGUGACCAGAUCUUCAGUGGGUAGGCCAUUUCUGGCAAGAACAGUCAAAAGGUGCUGGCGUUUUGAGGCCUUCUUCACUGACUGCUCCACAUGUGUGUCAACACAGAGGUUAGAUGAAAACCAAGAUACUUGGUUGUUGUUACCACUGGUACUUCCUGUCCUCCUAGGAUUAGUGGUGCAGGUUGUGGAUGGUCUCUAGAAAAACAUAUCCGAAUUUCCACAGACUUUUUCCCAUUCAGGAGCAUGUUGUUGGAUGUGGCCCACUCUUCCAGCUGCUUUGCCUCCAAGCCCAUGGAAGUGUCCUCUUGGAUGCUGGUUAAUGGUAUGGCUCGGGACAGCCCUACAUCGUCUGCAUACCCAGUGUCCAGAGUGUCACUGAAGACAACUUUUCGGGUGGACAUGUGAAGGAGAAACAGAUAUGGUGAAACCACACCCCCUUAUGGCACACCAGAGGUGGCCUCUGACCAAGGGCUAAAUGUGCCAUUUGCCAUCACCCUCUGCCUUCUUCUGGUGGUGUAGCUGUGGAGUCAGGCUAGUAACCUUGGACACAGUUCAAUGUCAGACAGAUGUUGCAGGAGCGUUGCGUGAUCUACUCGAUCGAAGGCUUUGGACAUAUCAGCAAGUAACACCCUCACCAUUGGCUUUCACAAGGGCGGUAGUAGUGCUGGACUUUGGGAGGUAGGCAUACUGAUUUGUGUACUCCGAUAGAACUGUUGGCAUUAGUUUUUUUAUGAUGAAGCUCUUCUGGAUUUUUCCAAGGCAUGAAGUUAGAGAGAUGGGUCUCCAGUCAUUUGUUGUACAUGGGUUUGACACUUUAGGUAUGGGACACACAUUUCUUAUUGACAUGCAUACAUCAAGUGCAGUUUGAAUGCAGGAGUUGAACUUCUCCACCUUUGCAUCGAUGCUCUCCACCUCAUAUGGCAGACCAGUCAGUACUGGCCAUACAUUGUGCCAAGGCCUCCUUUCUGUUCUGGGUUACCAGACAUCCUACCAGAGUUGAAACUGAGCUGGGGUGUCGUUUAGGACGAAGCUGAAGCCACAUACACUCAAACUCCUCUUUCUCUAGGUCAGUUCUUCUCUUUGCCUGCAUACUGUGAUUCACAUACAUAGCCAAGCCCCCUCCUCUCAUCCCUUCUCAGUACCUGUCAUUUCUGAAAAUAGAUUCAUCUGGGAUGUUUUGGUGGGCCCAUGUUUCAGUGACACAUCCAAUGUCUGCAUUUACUGAUUGAAGAAGCAGUUCAAAUUCAUCCACUUUGUUUGUCAAUGAUCUUGAAUUACAAACAAGCACAUUCGGAGUCUCUAGGGCAUUUUUGGAUGUAUUUGUGACAUCACAUAAUUCAGUUAGAACUCUGCAUUCACGUGAGCGAUUGUGUUUUAUACGUAUUUUAGGUCUGUUACCUUCUAUUGUCAGUAUUUUCCUCCGUCUGCCCUUACCAGCUGUAGUCCAUCUCACCCGGUUUCUUGCGCGCAUUAUCACGAAACACAGAGGUUUGUCUCGGAUAUGCGGUGCAUGUUCUUUUGUAAAUCCGUAGAAAAUGCGAUGAGUAUUCCAAAACGUUUGUACAAUCCAUCGUUAUCAGAGCCAUGCUUAAUCCCUUAAAAGAGAAUGAAAUGUAUGCAGUGCGACAAAAAAACAACAACUAUAAAAAACAAACAUUUCAAACAUUGUAACAUAUUACUCUCGAGCAGCUGAAUGGAAGCACCACUCCCUCUUAAAUGGAUAGGUUGGCAAUUCAUAUGAUAUCAUACGAAUUUUGCAAUUUGUGUGAUAUGUUACAAAUCCAAUUCGUGCAAUAUGUUACGAAUUUAUUAAGAUUUGCUUAAGAUCACGCAGAUUCUUUCUGGACACAAUUAAAAACAACAAACAUACAGUAUAUCAUCUCUCAUUGAAGGCCAGAGGUCAGAUUAAUGGAAUGAACGUUUGUUAUCGAUCGACUGGAGUAUUGAUCAGUAAUCACAGUGUGCAUCAUUCUCCUCAACCUUAUCUUGUUGUCAGCUCUGCCUCUCCAUCAAGAGUGAUUGUGUUUCCAUCGAGCUGUUGUGUGUUUUCCCUCUCAGAUAUGACCACAGGUCCCAAAACACAUCUCGCUGCUGAGUCAGACAUGAAAAUAUAGACUAUUUAUCCUGCUUACUCAGAAUACAGUGCAGCCCACUCCAGUUUGGCUAGGCCCCUAAUGGUCCCACAUCACUUUGAAUAUCUCUCAUUUCGUUUUUUCCCCCACUCUGAACCAGACUAUAUAUAUAUAUAUAAUAUAAACGCAACAUGCAACAGUUUCAAAUAUUUUACUGAGUUACAGGUCAUAUAAGAAAAUCAGUCAAUUGAAAUAAAUUCAUUAGGCCCUAGGCUAUGGAUUUCACAUUACUGGGAAUACAGAUAUGCAUCUGUUGGUCACAGAUACCUUUAAAAAAAGGUAGGGGCGUGGAUCAGAAAGCCAGUCAGUAUCUGGUGUGACCACCAUUUGCCUCAUGCAGCGACACAUCUCCUUCGCAUAGAGUUGAUCAGGCUGAUGAUUGUGCCCUGUGGAAUGUUGUCCCACUCCUCUUCAAUGGCUGUGCGAAGUUGCUGGAUAUUGGGGUGAACUGGAAUACACUGUCGUACAUGUCAAUCCAGAGCAUCCCAAACAUGCUAAAUGGGUGACAUGUCUGAUGAGUCAGCUUCCAGGAAUUGUGUACAGAUGCUUGCGACAUGGGGCCGUGUAUUAUCAUGCUAAAACAUGAGUUGAUGGCGGUGGAUGAAUAGCCUCAGGAUCUCGUCACGGUAUCUCUGUGCAUUCAAAUUGCCAUCGAUAAAAUGCAAAUGUGUUCGUUGUCCGUAACUUAUGCCUGCCCACAACAUAACCCCACUGCCACCAUGGGGCACUCUGUUCACAACGUUGACAUAAGCAAACCGCUCGCUCACACGACGCCAUACAUGCUACGCUGUCUGCCAUCUGCCCAGGGAUUCAUCCAUGAUGAGCACACUUCUCCAGCAUACCAGUGGCCAUCAAAGGUGAGCGGUUGCCCACUAAAGUCGGUUACGACUCCAAACUGCAGUCAGGUCAAGACCCUGGUGAGGACAAUGAGCACACAAAUUAGCUUCCCUGAGACGGUUGUCUGACAGUUUGUGCAGAAAUUAUUUGGUUGUGCAAACCCACAGUUUCAUCAGCUGUCCGGGUGGCUAGUCUCAGAUGAUCCCGCAGGUGAAGAAGCCGGAUGUGGCGGUCAUGGGCUGGCGUGGUUACAUGUGGUCUGCGGUUGUGAGGCCGGUUGGACAGACUGCCAAAUUCUCUAAAACGACAUUAUGGUAAAGAAAUUUGUAUAUUUUUUAUAUACAGUACCAGUCAAAAGUUUGGACACACCUGCUCAUUCAAGGGUUUUUCUUUAUUUUUACUAUUUUCUACAUUGUAGAAUAUUAGUGAAGACAUCAAAACUAUGAAAUAACACAUAAGGAAUCAUGUAGUAACCAAAAAAGUGUUAAACAAAUGAAAAUAUAUUCUUCAAAGUAGCCACCCUUUUCCUUGAUGUCAGCUUUGCACACUCUUGGCAUUCUCUCAACCAGCUUCAUGAGGAAUGCUUUUCCAACAGUCUUGAAGGAGUUCCCACAUAUGCUGAGCACUUGUUGGCUGCUUUUCCUUCACUCUGCGGUCCAACUCAUCCCAAACCAUCUCAAUUGGGUUGAGGUCGGGUGAUUGUGGAGGCCAGGUCAUCUGAUGCAGCACUCCAUGACUCUCCUUCUUGGUCAAAUAGCCCUAACACAGCCUGGAGGUGUAUCUUGGGUCAUUGUCCUGUUGAAAACAAAUAAUAGUCCCACUAAGCGCAAACCAGAUGGGAUGGCGUAUCACUGCAGAAUGCUGUGGUAGCCAUGCUGGUUAAGUGUGCCUUGAAUUCUAAAGAAAUCACCGACAGUGUCACCAACAAAGCACCAUCACACCUCCUCCUCCAUGCUUCUUGGUGGGAACCACACAUGCGGAGAUCAUCCGUUCACCUACUCCGUUUCUCACAAAGACACGGCGGUUAGAACAAAAAAUCUCCAAUUUGGACUCAUCAGAGCAAAGGACAGAUUUCCACCGGUCUAAUGUCCAUUGCUCGUGUUUCUUAGCCCAAGCAAAUCUCUUCUUAUUAUUGGUGUCCUUUUAGUAGUGGAUUCUUUGCAGCAAUUCGACCAUGAAGGCCUGAUUCAUGCAAUCUCCUCUGAACAGUUGAUGUUGAGAUGUGUCUGUUACUUGAACUCUGUAAAGCAUUUAUUUGGGCUGCAAUCUGAGGUGCAGUUAACUCUAAUGAACUUAUCCUCUGCAGCAGAGGUAACUCUGGGUCUUCCUUUCCUGAGAGCCAGUUUCAUCGUAGCGCUUGAUGGUUUUUGCGACUGCACUUGAAGAAACUUUCAAAGUUCUUGAAAUGUUCCGUAUUGACUGACCUUCAUGUCUUAAAGUAGUGAUGGACUGUCUUUUCUCUUUGCUUAUUUGAGCUGUUCUUGCCAUAAUAUGGACUUGGUCUUUUACCAAAUAGGGAUAUAUUCUGUAUACCACCCCUACCUUGUCACAACACAACUGAUUGGCUCAAACGCAUUAAGAAGGAAAUAAAUUCCACAAAUGAACUUUUAACAAGGCACACCUGUUAAUUGAAAUGCAUUCCAGGUGACUACAUCAUGAAGCUGGUUGAGAGAAUCCCAAGAGUGUGCAAAGCUGUCAUCAAGGCAAAGGGUGGCUACUUUGAAGAAUCUCAAAUAUAACAUAUAUUUUGAUUUGUUUAACACGUUUUUGCAGUCUCCUGAGUGGCGCAGUCUCCUGAGUGUAUAAAAAAAUAUGUAUUCACUAACUGUAAGUCGCUCUGGAUAAGAGCGUCUGCUAAAUGACUAAAAUGUAAAAUGUAAAUGUAAAUGUUACUAUAUGAUUCCGUAUGUGUUAUUUCAUAGUUUUGAUGUCUUCACUAUUAUUCUACAAUGUAGAAAAUAGUACAAAUAAAGAAAAACCCUGGAAUGAGUAGGUGUGUCCAAACUUUUGACUAGUACUGUAUAUCCUUUUUUUAUAUAGCACCUUGCACUUUCACUGGAUUACAUUUAUCAUAUUAUUUUUGCAUCUCAGCCUUAUUGGGUUAUUCCUCUUUAUGGUUUUGAGUGCGAGUACUUUUUGAACUCUUAAGAUAUUUUCUCUCCCACGCUCUGGCCGCCUUUCAUUCUUGCCUGAGCGCAAACACGCAUACUGGCUUUCCUCAAAGAAAUGAACCUGACAUUUUCUGACAACAGCGCUGGUGGCCAUUCCUGCCGUCAGCAUUUCAGUUGCAUGCUCUCUCAAAACUUGUGGCAUUGUGUUGACAAAACUGCACAUUUUAGAGUGGCCUUUUAUUGCCCCCAACACAAGGUGGCAGGUAGCUUAGUGGGUAAGAGCGUUGUGCCAGUAACCGAAAGGUCGCUGGUUCUAAUCCCCGAGCCAACUAGGUGAAAAGUCUGUCGAUGUGCCCUUGAGCAAGGCACUUAACCCUAAUUGCUCCUGUAAGUCGCUCUGGAUAAGAGCGUCUGCUAAAUGACAAAAAAAAAAAAAAAAAAAAAAAGGUGCACCUGUGUAACGAUCAUGCUGUUUAAUCAGCUUCUUGAUAUGCCACACCUGUCAAGUGGAUAGAUUAUCUUGGCAAAGGAUAAAUGCUCACUAACAGGGAUGUAAACAAAUGUGUGUACAACAUUUGAGAGAAAUUUGCCUAUUGGAAAAUGUCUGUGAUCUUUUAUUUCAGCUCAUGAAACAUGGGACCAACACUUUACAUGUUGCGUUAAUAUUUUGUUCAGUAGAUGAUUUCCAUAAAAUGAGAGAGAGUAGUAUUCUCUGUCUAGACUGAGUGUCAGUGCCAUUUAUUGUUACACUACUAGAACAGUGUUUUUCAACUCUGUUCCAGAGUGUACAUGCCUACACAUUUUUUUUGAGCCCACACUCAAUUUCAUAACUUGUCACUUUUUACACAUUCAAACCUCCUCCACCCCACUGCAGAGAGACUGCAGAUCCUCUUUCUGUCAUAUAGUUUCUGUGGAGCGGUGGUGUCUUGUCUUUUGAACUUGGCACACAUCAGUGACGUUCACUGACAGAGAUACAAGGGUAAAAAUAGAGGAAAUACAUCUUUAGGGAGAGACAUGGUGCCUAGAUGGGCUCUUUUUAUAAUUCUCUCUCUCUCCUGAAUACUCCCUUUCUCCAUCUCUCAAUCCCUCUUUCUUUGUCUCCCUCUCUUCUGUCUAGGUCCAGGAUGAUCUUGUUUAUCUCUGUGUACGUAUCACAGGAUGUAUCUCAGGAGGAAUGUUUUAAUGUUUGAUUGUCCUAUUUGCAGAUGUUCUUAAAACCCUGCUGAAAAUAGAACUGUGAUCUAUUCCUCAGUGAAUCAUCAUGAUUGUAGAUUAAAACAUGGAACAGUAUGAACAAUGCGUUCUACUGUGGCUGUCAUGGGGACCAGUGCAGACUGAAAUUCUAUAUUUUGUAUCUUCACUGACAUCACUCAUAGCUUUGGUUCCAUCUAACUAGCAAAGGAAAACCUCUUCCUAAUGCUGUCUUAUUUAGAUAAUUUGUUACAGCUGAGCUCUCAAAACUAACCAUCUCUUUUUCUCCCCCCCUCGCUCGCUCCCUCCAACCUAUCUCCCUCUCCAUCUCCCAUGGCCCUCUCCAUCACUCAUCUCUCUCUCCCCUCCCUCCCACCCCUCUCUUUAUCCCUCCUUCCAUCCCCCUCCUUUUCUCUCUCUCUCUCUCUCUCUCCCUCCCUCCCUCUCUCUCUCUAGACCUCCACCUGGCGGCGGAGCUGGGGAAGACUCUGUUAGAGAGGAACAAGGAGCUGGAGGAUUCUCUACAGCAGAUGUACAUCACCAAUGAGGAGCAGGUGCAGGAGAUCGAGGUAAGACGAGAGCCAAGUCUCAACAGCUCCAUGGAUACAUCUCAAUAGACUAAACUCUAACGUAACCCCUACCCAUAAGUAAGGUGUAGAUUGGAUAACAACCUACCUGUCCCUCUGACUGAGCAGAGUCAGGUGAUGUAGGACGUUGGCUCUGCUGGCUGAUCUUAGCAUAGCAGUACAUCACCCCAUUAAAAUGGUUCACUGUUCACAACCAAGGGGUUUUAGAGUUAACAGAGGACCAUAGGCAGCGGAGUGGAUAGAAGUGUCUCCCUUAACCAGUGAUACUAUGGUCGGAAAGUGUCCAUCCCCCUAAUGGCUUCGGUUAGGAUUGGGUAGGGGAACAUGACCCCAAAUGUUCCUCUGUUUAUGAUCAUGUGUGUAUGUAUGUAUAUGUGUGUACAGGAUAUAAACAUACAGUAUGUGUGUCUCUUGUGCAGUACCUGGCUAAGCAGCUAGAGGUGCUGAGGGAAAUGAAUGAGCAGCAUGCUAAGGUGUACGAGCAGCUAGACGGGACAGCCAGAGAACUAGAGCUCACCAACCAUACACUGGUUCUGGACAGUAAGGCCUCGCAACACAAGAUAGAGAGGUGAGUGUCACACACACAUACAAACACACACACACACACACACAGACACACACACACACACUAUCCCCCUAUCUCUCUUCCCUGGUUCUCGCAGGUUGACAGGGACCAUCGAGACCCUACAGACCCAGGUGGAGUCUCUCUCUGGGCAGGUGGAACAGCUCCACUCCCUGGAGCAGCUCAGGGUCCGGAGGGAGAAGCGGGAACGACGCAAGACCAUCGCCUCCUUCCCUUGCCUCAGGGAACUCUGCACCGCACCCAAGUGAGGGCUCAUAGUCUCCUACCUCUCCCUUUGUUCAGUAGCCUACUCAACAAUUUUUAUUUAGUUAAGCAAUCACACUCAAAUCUUUGAUUACUGGAUCUCAAGGUCCCUAGACUAUGUUAGAGGAGCUUUGUAGGUGGAUGCUUGACUCAUAUUGCGCUUGUCUCUCUAUCUGGCAGGUACAAGUAAGUUAGCUCAUAUUGUGUGUAUCUGUGUGUCUGUAUCUCUCUGUCUGUAUCUCUCUGUCUGUAUCUGUCUGUCUGUCUGUCUGUCUGUCUGUCUGUCUGUCUGUCUGUCUGUCUGUCUGUCUGUCUGUCUGUCAGGUAUGAGGAUGGGUUCGUGGUAGGCCGCUCAGACAGCUUCACUUCAGAGGCUAAGCGGCAGCCAGCAGAGGAGGAGAACGAACGUCUGAGAGAGGCGGUGUCGGCGCUGCGCUUGGCUGUGAGGGCUGAGCGGGGUCGCAGGGAGGGGGCGGAGAGAGAGUGUCAUGUCCUCCUGGGGGAGUUCUCUCGUCUGGAGACACGCGUGCAGGUCAGAAUCACUCCUAUUUUAACUCCAUUUAAUCUUCCAAAAUGAGUGCCUCAAGUUUUUUUAUGGUUGCAUGUUCUACUAAGUUAGUUGAAUCCAAUGAGUGUCCUUUUUGAUACUUUGUCCUGACUCAAAUAUAGUAGGGCUUCUUAUUUUCCCUCUUUUCUGGGAGAAUACAAAUAUUGAUUGGUUUAUUGACUGACUGACUGACUGAUUGACUCGUUGACUUAUUGAUUGACAGGGUGCAGAGAGCUGCCAGGUACGGAUCCAUGAACUAGAGUCAGAGCUCCAGGAACUCCAGCAGCUCCGACGGGCAAGGACCCUCCUCCUUUGCAGCGAGGACGACGGCGUGGGCUUCACCCAGACUCUCCUCAACAACACCCCCGAAACAGACACCCUGGAGGGGGAAGGAGGAGAGGUAGGUGGAGGGGUCAGGGAGGAGGGCGAGGGGGGAGGAGGCUUAGGCGGAGAGUCGUUACCUGCCUCCAGCCCCGUCAGGAAGAGCUGCAGCGACACGGCGCUGAACGCCAUUGUAGCCAGGGACGCGUCUGGAAGGAGAAGAGGGAGCUACGCGAUCCACGCCAACAGCGUCCGUAAGAGAGGGAUGUCCAUCCUGAGGGAGGUGGACGAGCAGUAUCACGCUCUGCUGGAGAAGUAUGAGGAGCUGUUAGGGAAGUGCAGGCGCCACGAGGAGUCCCUGUGCCACACAGGGGUGCAGACCUCACGCCCCGUCUCCAGGGACCCCUCCAUGAAGGACUGUGCCAUGGGCUCCACCCCUGCACCCCCGCCCACCCCCACCGAGUCCCCCUCCACCCCCGAGGCCAUGGAGAGCAUCACUAAGCAGGUGGAGGCGGUGGAUAAACGGCUGGGCCAGAACACGCCAGAGUACAAGGCUCUGUUCAAGGAGAUCUUCUCC